AAACAUUAUGCUUUGCGUAUUGUUGAACUUCAUGGUCUUGGUGUGGAUAACCUCUGCUCAAGCUCAAUGCAAUCUAGGAAAAUGGGGAGGUAACUGCCAGUACAACUGUUCCUCCUCUUGUUACCAUGGAAACACCUGCUCCGAUGGCGGUCAAUGUGGAUGCAUGCAAACUAAUGGCACGUGCUAUGAAUGCUCUACCAACUUUUAUGGUGUUUCAUGUGAUAUAAAAUGCGAUGAUAUUUGUUCUCUUAAUGAACAAUGUGUACAGGACGGCUUUGAAUUUGCUUGCGGCUGUGACAGAGAACAAGGUAACUGCAACAGGUGUCCAAAAUCAACAUGGGGUAGUUACUGUGAAAAUAAGUGUUCCGAUAAUUGCAUCAAUUCCGAAUGUAGCUGGAUUGAUGGUAUUUGUACUUUCGGUUGUUUAAAGGGGUUUUAUGGGAGCGACUGUUCUUCGGUAUGUUCUUUGUCUUGUCAAAGUGGAUGCGAUCGGCAGACGGCGGAAUGUUUCCCGCCAUAUUGUAUCAACUGUAUCAAGGGAAUGUCAGGAUGUGAUAACGUCACACAGAAAUGUAAAUCCGGAUGUAUUACGGGAUUUAGUGGGGAAACGUGUGAUAAGACAUGCGCAGAAGAAACGGGGGUGUCAAAAUGUACCAAUUGUAGACACAUCAGUACACCUAUUGUAACUCUAACCGUAUGUGAAGAAUGUCAGUCAGGAUAUUUUUACGACAUGUCCAGCAAGAAAUGUAAGGUAUGUAGCACAGGUUGCAGUUCAAACGUGACGUCUUUAUCCACGUGCUUUCCAAAAACAGGAAUUUGUCGGUUUGGAUGCUUAUCGAAUUGGAUCGGAUCGAAAUGCGAUUGUACCGUUGCGAAUUGUGACUCUUGUGUUUAUGAUCAAUCACAAGUAUGUGCUCGUUGCGAAAAUGGAUGGUUUGUUGAAUCUGGAAACUGCGUAGAAUGCAAUACCAACUGCGCAGUUGCAAAUGAAUGUGACGCAGCUUCUGGAACUUGUACGAAUGGAUGCAAGAACGGUUGGUAUGGUCUUAAAUGUUUACAUGCAUGUGCUUCGAACUGUUUGAAUAGAAAGUGUGAUGUAAAUGGCAACUGUACUGAGGGAUGCGUUGGAAAACGUUAUGGAAAAAAUUGCGAUACAAUGUGUAACAAUUGCAAGAUUGCAUGCGACCAGCAGACUGGGUUUUGUGAGUCUGGUUGCAUAGAUACUUAUCACGGUGACGAUUGUCAACAAUUAUGCAAUGAUACCUGCUUUGGAAAUCAGUGUGAUCAAAGCAAUGGGCAAUGCUCAGGCGGAUGUGAAGAGGGGUAUUAUGGGAAAUUUUGUCAUCUUUCCUGUGGAUCAAACUGCAGCGAAAAUAAAUGUGAUGUAGAGACGGGAACGUGCAUAGGGAUCUGUUCAUCUGGAAAUUACGGCAAAAAUUGCAAUAUAAAAUGUCCAUCUCAGUGUUUAGAGCCCUUAUGCGUGAAAGAAAAUGGCGCAUGCGCUUCAGUAUGCAAGGAUGGGUAUUUUGGAAGUCAUUGUAAUGUUUCUUGUCCUGAUUCAUGUCCGACUGACAAGUGCGAAAAGGAUAAGGGAGAUUGUACUACUGAUUGCUUUGAGGGCAAAUUCGGCGACAAAUGUGAUCAAACAUGUAGUAGUAACUGUAAAAGCACGUUAUGUCAUCAAAAGACUGGAGCCUGUGUUGAUGGAUGCAAAAUUGGUUACCAUGACACAUUUUGCCAGAGCACGUGUACCGGAUGUGGUACUUUGGGAUGUAGUCAGAAUACUGGAAAAUGUGAAGGUACAUCUAUGAACGAAAACAACGAUAACAACACCAUCAUGAUUGCAGGUGCUACUGCUGGUGGCGUCAUGGUCAUAAUAUUUCUUGUCGUAAUAUUAUAUUGGUGUUUGAGAAGAAAAAAAUCAGACACAAGCAGCAGUAAUUCAAAAGACACUCCAACAAAAAGAUACUCAGAGCUAGCAGAAACAAGCCAAUUAUGAAUACAUUGUACAUCAUAUCUCAUUUUGAUUUAAUUUGUUCUUGAUAUUUAUAUUUCAAAUAUUGAUACGUUGAAAAUUAACAACAUUUGUUCUACCAUUUACAGCUAGCAUAGGAUAAUCAUGUUUAAUUUAUCGUUGAGG